AUGGAGGAAAGGUUUGAAUGGAGAAGAAUGGGGUCCCCCCUUGAAGAGAAGCUACAUGAAUAUAUCCAAAGUAUAAUUGAAGAAGAAGACCUUGCAUGUAUUUCAGAGAAGAUUUCUGUUUACUUUGACGCAUGGCCAUUCAAAGACUUUUCUCUCAGAUGCUGGAGAGAACUCAGUGAUAAGCUCCUGAGUAUCCUCUCCAUUGAGGAGAAGAAAUAUUUUUCUGAAGGUAUACAACUGAUGAAGAUAUCCUCGGAAGACAAGAGCCUGGUGAUUGCAAUUCUUAAGCUUUUUCAAAGGAUAUUUGGAUAUUCAAAACAAAGGCAUCCUCUUGAUAUUUCUACUCAAAUUAUGAGGUUUAUAUAUGCAAUGGAUCUAGACAUUGCAAUUGAAUCAUACAAGGUGCUUACAUUCUGCCUCAAUUAUUCUAUAGGCCUGGAUGAAUUUUCUAAUGACCACGCCAUUCUCUUCAAGUGUCUAGGGGUUGACCUCGGCGAACCGAAUGGAGAAAGAGCUUUUGGCCUUUCUGACAAAGCUUUUAUAAACAUACCUGAAAGUCUUGGAGAUGGAGAUAUGUUCAGCAUUCUUAAGAAGCAUUCCGAUGAAUAUGGAAAAGGAAAUCUUGUGUUUGAACUUCGACGAAGAAUGAAUUCCACAGACACAGAUGGCCUGAAUGCAUUGAAUACUCUUGGAACAUGUGUAUUUCUGAUACUUGCUAAGGGAGAAGGUGUUUUUGAUGAGGUCGUUGGAAGGGUUGAUUCCUUAGAGAUUUGGAGGCUUACAAGUGGAGAAUUAUCUGAGAACAUGGAAUUUGCGAUUAUGAAUCUUUUGGACAUACUUAUCUAUGACGAGUUUGAUUUUGCAAGGAUUUCUAGAAUUCUCGAGCUGAAUAAUAGCCACGGGUUCUUUUAUAGAAGAUUUGCAAAUGGAUUUAAUGAAUGGAACUUUGAAAGGCACAUGGUGUUUCUUGUUUACAGCACCCUUGUAGGAAGCCAGAAAUCGAAGUAUCUCAAGAUGAACAUACUCAUGGAGGUAUUGCCAAGAUUCUGUGAAUGCUCACCAGAUGUUCGGUAUCAUCUUCUUCGUGUGAUAAAGAUGCAUUGCAAGGAGUCAAAUUCAAAAGGCAUUUCUGAAUUUAUUUCUAAAAACGGAGUGAAGAUCUUAACAGAGUAUCUUGAGCAUGCAGAGGAAUACGAUAUAGAUGAAAACAUAAACCUCAGGUACGCAUUUAGGAUACUGAGCGAUAUUUAUAUGGAUGAAAGAAACAGGGCAGAGGUAGGAAAUUUUGAAGAUAGUGCCUUUCUUGACAUUACUGUUGCAACAAUCAAAAAACUUUGUCUUCUCGAUGCCCGUCUUGUAUCUGUAUGCGUGGGGAUACUAUCUUCUUUCAUGUUUGAUGAGCCAUUGAAUUUUCCAGUAUUCAUGAAAAAGGGAGCAGGCAUUGUAUUGAGGACACAGUUAUCAGUUGAACCCAGUAUGGAGUAUGUCUCUGCAUUUAUUUCUUAUAUCGAUGCAUUUUCCUUGAAUCUUAAGUUCCAGAAUAAGAUAGUAGAGGGAGAGUAUCUUUUUAAGUUGUUAGUGGUGUGUAGAGAAGGAGAAUUCUUGGGGUCUAUGAAUGGCACCAAUAAGAUAAUGUCUUUGCUGAAUGUCCUUAUAAUGCAUCAUCCUGUAUUCAAGCAAGAUAUCUUGAAGUUUUACGCUCAUGGGAUUAAUUACUUAAAAGCCCUCUGUGGGACAAAAGCAGAUGGGUGUCUUACGCAGAGGGAAUACUAUAUCGAAAUUUUCAACAACCUCUUCAGUCUUAUUGAAAAGAUGGAGGUCUAUCCAGAAAGGGAGGAUUCUGUGGCGUUCUUCGAUGAAAUAUUUGACCUUGUUAUCAAUCCAAAAUAUUCCUGCAGCAUACAAAACCUCUUUAAGGGGUCUUUUAGCGAGGUCUAUCGGAUGAUUUACAAAGAGGCUAGAUCUUCUUUAGAUAAGCCUCUCGAGCAACUUAUUCUUGAUACAAAAAGAAUUGUAGAACUUUAUAAGGCUGAUGAAGGGGGAGUUGUAGGAUACUGGGGAAGGAACGCCCAUACGGAACAGAAGAAAGAAGUUGAUGACUUGAUGUUUUCUUAUGACAACCAGAUUGCCUUGGGUUGUAUUUUGUGUGAGGACUUUAUGGAACUGGCAGGAAAUGAAGUAAAGGAAAGUUUGUUUAAGAUGAUGGCAGGGUUGAAUCUCGCGGCCAUCCGAUUGAAUGGGAUUUUUCUCUCCCUCUGUAACCUUGAAGAACAUAGGUUUUUAUCUACUUACAGAUCGAUAAGGGUUAAGCUCGAGGAGAGCACAGCAAAAGAAGACAGUAGGCUUUACGUAUUACAGUCGAUAUAUCUUUGCAACCUGUUUCUACUUCAGAAAAUGUAUCCCGGGAUGAUUGAGGCGUCAUUUGACAUAACUAUUGAGUAUGUUGAGAAAUUAGUGGGGAUAAUGAUUCUAGAAGGAAAUGACUCGAUUGUUCUGGGACUUAGAAUCAUAGAAAGAUUGAGCACGUGUUUCAAAGAAGAGCAUUAUGGAGCAAUAUCUAGAGAGGAGUUUAUAAGGUGUUUGCUUGUGCCUCACCCUAACAGUGAAAGACUGGGGGCUGUUGUGAGUUUCUUUGUAUCCCAGUUAUCAUCAAGAAUGAGCUCCAGCCCAGAGUUAAGGUAUAUGUUCUUGCAGUACUUGAAAAGCGUGGAUGUCAAGGAUCCUAUAGAUGCUCGGGAAAUUGAAUUGGGCAGCAUGAUUAUCGAAGGGAUUGGGAAGAUGUUUGGUGAUUCCAGUGGGCUUUCAAGACCACUGUCAGACAUUGAAAUGAACAUGAUUCUUGAUAUUUACGAAAAGUUCUAUAUAUCGCCUUUGUGUGGGAGGUUGAUGAUCAGGAGAAUAAUAAGAUCGUCAAAAUUUACCAUGAGGUUGGUCAAGAUUAGGGCGUUUUCAUCAUUCCAAUACUUUCUGAUGAAGGAUGAAAAGGUGUAUGACCAUGGGUGUUUUAUUAUGAAUAGAUUCUUUGAAUACUCAGAUGAAUUCAUCGACAUGGCUAGUACCAUCCUUCUGUUUGCUACCGUUGGGCGAUGUCCUCACAAAAUCGAUAUCAAGGAACUUGGGAAGAAGAUUUCUGGGCUUAUUACAUCGGAUGUCUCUUCAUCAAAGAUAUUGUUUUUUUUAAUCAUGUACCUUAGAUUGAUACACCAGUUGAAGAUGCCUAAACUCUAUUCUCUUGGAUUUGAGAAGUUGAUUCCGCGAGUAAAGACGUGUGAUGAAAUGAUGCUAAUGAGAAUACUUCUCACCUAUGUUGUGAAUCCAGACAUUGGCAGUGUUCUGAAUGGGGUUAACUUUCCUUCAAGAAGAAUCAAAGCAAAAGACGGAGAUUUCUUGAAAUCCCAUGAUUUUCUGAUAUAUAGGGACUACGAUCUUUUUGUUGAGAAGUGCUUGAAAAAGUCUGGUCUUGUGUCUAAAAGCUCCGUUUGCCUUAAACAUGGAUGCCAUAGAAUCCACUUUAGAGAAGGAAAAGAUGAAUCCUAUGAAAGUGAUAAGAUAGAAACAUCCAAAUUUUUCAUCAGAGAGCUUGUUCUUCUCCUAGACACCCAGGAUUGUUUUGGAUUAGCGAUUCAGCUACUUUGUGAGAUUAUGUUUAAUAAUCCAUUUCUGCUGUAUGAUAUAUGUAGAUAUCAAGUCCUAAACACUAUAUACGAGAAAUGCAUUAGGAAGGUGGAUUUAUCGGCUAAGCAGAAAAUGAUUGGAGAGUCUCAUUGGGGGGUGAUGUUGUUUGUGAUUGGGCUUUAUUCUGAAGUUCUUCUGUCCAAAUCAAACAGCAGUCUAGAAAAACAACCAGACAAGGAAGCAAGACUUCCAUCUGUAUGUGAUUUUCUUCUUGAAAAGAUCGAAGAUGGUUCUAAAGAAGACUUUCUGAAUGCGUCGUUUAUACUUAUCAGGAGCCUAACACCAUUAUUUAUUCUGAGACAUGAGAAUGAGGAAGAUACAACUAUGGAGAAGUUUAGAGAAAGUUCUAUCUUUAUGGGAUCUGCGGGAAUUUUCGAGAAGAUGAUAAAGAGGAUAAUAACGAUUGAUGAGGUUGAUUCCAAUUACAGCAUGUGCAUUCAGCAUUCAUUGGAUUAUCUUGGUAGAGCCUUUAGGUAUUGCUAUGGAGACAUCCUCCAAGAUCUAGAUGAUUAUGGAGAUGAUGAAUCCCAUGUCGAAUACUACAGCCUUGCUUCUGAAGACCAGAUGUUUGAUGAAAGCAGUUUUGACUCUGACGAGAGCUAUUUUGAUGAUUCACCAUUUCAUGAUUUGGAAGAGGACAGAAACACAAGGUCUGAUGAGACAGAGAGCUCCUCUCAAUCAGAGAAUGCCGUGUUCAUUAAGAGCAUAGAGAACGACCACGAGAUACCAACAACAAUGUACUUGCUUAACUCUGAGUAUUACACCGUUUCUGCAGAGUGUAGAGAUGAGAUUGAAGUUUUGAUCAGCAAGAAGCUCUAUUCAGACCUGAUUGAUAAAAACACAAACUACUAUGAUUGGGAUGGUGGCUGUAUACAAAAAGACAUGGUGUGUGAAGCAGACAGGCCAAUUGUUCGGUCCAAAAAUUCUGAGAGCUAUCCGAACGAAGAUUCCGAGGAAAGCUACGCAGAUGACAAAGAAAGAAGAAUAUGGGAUUUUGGAUUGGUUUUGGAGGAGGGCAGUGAAGAGGAUUUGAAUGAAGGAGCGGAUAUCCAAAACACAUUAAGCAGUAGGGGGAUAGAAGAGAAUGAGGACAUGGGGUCAUCAGAAUCAGAUGUCGGAUCACAAAAUGGAGAGAUCCCAUCACUUGACCCUGAAGUUCUCAAUAGUAUGGGACAGUAUGAGCUAAAGGAAGUAUUGAAGGCCUACUUUGAUGAAAGAAGAGCUCUGUCUCUUACCUAUGUGCCUCUACAUGUAAGCUUCUAUGAUAGACUUUCUUCUAAUGUAAGGCCUGUCUUUGAAGAAAUGGAGAGAGUAUAUAGGGAGAGCUUUUUCUAUGACAUCAGGAGUGAGUCUACAAAAGAAAGUGAUGAGGAGACUAUUGAGGUCAAGGGCAAUCUUCUCGAGAUGGAUCUCCUAACAUUCGAGAAGUUUAUUAGGAAAUCUAUCACUGAAAAGGAGUUUCCAUUUGCUAAAGGCUGGAAGUUAGUUGAUGCAUUAUCAAAGGAUGUAAAAAUGAAGAAGGUCGUUUUUGAGGUAUCCGAAGCCAUGAUUUCUUCUCUUGUGGCAUCCAAAGAAGAUAGCCUUAGCAGCCAUGAUGCAGUGAAAUUCAGAAGAACACUCUGUUUGCUUCUCAGCGUUGUUAAAAGCUCAUUGAGAUACUACGAUUAUUUCCAAGAGAACCCGGAGAUCAUAGAUAAGAUCUUUACUCUUCUCGGAAGGGUUAAGCUGACGAACGACCUUCUAAGGUUGGUAACGGAUUUCAGUGUUGUCUUUAGAAAGGACAGCGGUCUUGUUUUUGGCAGAAAUGCCGAUCUGAGAAGCAUUCUUGAAUGUUUUGGCAGAAUGGUUGACUCCGAGUGUUUUAAUCUUCUUGAAGAAUUCAUAAACAAUACUGCAGAUCAUUUUUGCACAAGGUUUUUGGAUGUCAUUUUGGUGGAAAUAAGAAGGCAGUUCUCUACCCUCUCUCAGGACAUUACUACAGGCUUUCCUUCUGAUAGAUUUUUAGAGAACCAGAAGAUAUUUCUAAGGCUUUGGAAGAUGCUGGCAAAGAUUGUGGGGAAAAACGGCAAGAUUGAUAGGAAAAGAGAUGAUCUUCUUAUAGGCUUGAUGUUUGACCCCUUUUGGAACAUCUUCUUUGAGAAACAGAAAUACAAGGAUUCCAUUGAGGAUCUGAUCAGUGUGUCCGAUGUUUACGAGGCUUUUUUCAUUCUUGGAAAGGUUUUUGAGAAUAGAGCAGAGGCUCCAGACAAUGGAGAAAGAUGCAAUGCAUUUAAAUCACUCUAUAAAAAUACCAUAGAGACUCAGACCAAUCAGAUCAACUUGCUUGUUGAUGAAAAACCAGAAAAAUUUUUUAGGAACUUUAAUAGGCUCAUAAGCCAUUCGAUAUUAACAUUCAGUAACAAGAAGAAAUACUUGUCCAGAAUACUCUGUGUAGAAGGGACAGACAAGCCUUCAUCCUCCUACAGAGUGUAUGUAGACAGAAAUGAUGUGCUGAGGAGCUCUUAUUUUCAGGUGAUGGCAAAAAGUCCUGAGGAGUUCAGAACAAGAAGAUUGGAGAUCAAACUCACCGGAGAAGAAGGAUUAGACUAUGGAGGAUUGACAAGGGAGUGGCUUGUUUUAUUAGCAAAGGAUCUGCUUGAUCCAAACUUUGCUUUAUUUGAGUUUUCUACUGGAGACAAAACAACAACAGUCCCUUGUAAGAAUAGCUAUGUUAAUCCCGAGCACCUGUCAUACUUCAAGUUUGUCGGGAGAAUAGUGGCAAAAGCUAUAAUGGAUGGAAACUUCAUAAAUCUUCACCUGUCCAAGUUCAUUUACAAACAUAUUCUUGGAAAGAAUUGUGAUCUGCAGGACCUAGAGUCCACAGACCCUGAAUUCUACAAAUCGCUUGCUUGGAUAAGGGAUAAUCACGUUGAUGAGUCCUUAGGAUUAACAUUCUCCUUUGACGAUGUAAACUUUGGUAUUCAUAGAACUGCCGAGUUGAUAGAAGGUGGUGCAAAUGUCUUUGUCAAUGAUACAAACAAGACAGAAUAUAUAAAUCUGGCGACACAAUACAGACUUUUCAAUGGAAUUGAGCUUCAACUAUCUGCACUAAAAUCCGGGUUGUUUGAGAUAUUAGGAAACGAGGCUCUCGAGAUGUUCGAUGAGAAUGAACUCGAGCUUCUAAUCUGUGGAAUCCCAGAUAUAGAUAUUGACGAUUGGAAGUCCAAUACUCUGUACUAUGGAUAUACAGAAAGCUCAAAGACAGUCAUUUGGUUCUGGAAGGCUGUGAAGAGUUUCAACUCUGUAAACCGUGCGAAGCUUUUACAGUUCGUAACGGGAACAUCCACCUUGCCUUUUGAAGGGUUUUCACAUCUUCAAGGAAAUAACGAGGUGCAGAAGUUCUCCAUUCAUAGGGUUUCAGACCGAAUGGAUAGUCUCCCCACCGCUCAUACAUGCUUUAACCAGCUUGUGCUUCCAGAAUAUUCUUCAUAUGAAAGUCUCCUGAAAUACUUGACACUAGCCAUCAAUGAAUGCUCCACAGGUUUUGGCUUCAUUUAA